AUGGCUCUCUCCAUAGCAGCGAACGCCUUUUCCGUCGUCGGGCUCGCGGACGUCGUAACUCGAACUGGACAAACCCUUACGGGCGGCAUUUCAGACAUAUGCCAGGCUGCGUCCGAUGCUGAGGAGCUAUUGCGCGAGAUAGGCCAUAUUUCUCAGAUUGUGACCGCGACGCGUCUGUUCGUUGUUGAGUUCCAGUCGUCGCCGUUCACGUCUGAGGACUUUCAGGUUCUGCCCGACUUCCAGGCCGCGCUCAAUGGGUGCCUCUCCGAGUUUGAGUAUUUAGCUAAACGCGCAAGUCAAGCUCGGCAUGUGAGAUCGGAUGGGAUAGCGGCGAGAGUAGGAAAGUCGAUGAAAUGGGCGGAGGAAGAGGGUGGUUUGGCUUCGGCACGUCAACGACUCGAGUCGCAUCGCGUAUCAUUGAUGACAACCCUGUCUUUAGCUGGGCGGCAGCAAGAACUAGCUAUCCGGAAAAAGCUCCAACGCCUUGGCGAUACUCUGGGCGACCUUCAGUUUUCCGCUGAUGCCCGGACUGCCCUCCUCGAGAAAGAGGUCAAGAACUACUCCGCCAACAUAGCCAAAAUUAGACACGAAGUUUCUGGAUCAAGAACUGCGAGGUCCAAAUUAACACGCCAAGUGCACAAUGCUUCUAAGGAGGUAGUACAGGUUCGAGCGGCCCAGAAACGCAGUUUUGCGAAACAAGCGCUCUCUACUUCUGCCUUGAUAUCGAAAGUCGACAACCUCCAAAACACGAUUGAUACUAUCUCAGACGAGGUAGUUUACUCGCGCAUGAAAUGCACCUCAUGUGGUGUUCGCUUGGAGAUUUUGACGAUGCCUCUCUUGCUCAUGCGACAACCGCUCUCAAACUUGCUCCAGUCAAUGAAGACAGCAAGGAACAUCAAAGGAUCAGCAUUUGAACUUGAUUGGAUACUCUCAGAGUUUGAGGAGAUACUCGCAGGCAGCCAUAGUGCGUCAGCGAAGGCCGCAUUGACUCGUUCGAAGCGUUCAAGUCAAGCCGUCACGAUGAGAAACACGGACGCGGAGCACGAAAAGCGACUGGUUCUAUCCACAAAGGAAUGCAUGCCGAGUCUUGGAUUGGCACAUGCUUCCACUGCUGAGAGACGUGUUACGUUUCUGCAACCAUGCAACCAUUUCAAGGCCGUAAUGGGCCAAAACGACAAGACCCUCCUCCAUGUAGCCGAAGACUAUGACGCCGAAACUGGCGUGCGGGUCUCCUGUACAGUAGGCGCCACAUUUUUGCCAGAUCCUGAGCGGUCUAACAUCGGCCUAACGAUCACCCUCUCACUUGAAUCGCACGCGUUCCAGGAAGAUUUGACAGAUCGCCAUAUCACACCGUACCUAGUCAUUCCGAGUUACUCUAAAGCCAUAGAUUAUACAACUAGCGACGAAGUCGAACCGCUUCUCGAAAUGCUACAAACAAAUGAGAUCAGUGUGUUCGACAGAGAUCAGGAAGGCCGUACUUUGCUCUGGCACGCUGCCUCAAACUGCCAGCUUCACACAUUCCGCGCCUUACUAGAAGCAGGCGCAGAUCCGUUACGAAGCUCACUCACUGGUGAAGAUGUCAUAUGGUACAUCUGGUCGAUCAAUUUUCCUGGCCAGCCUUACUUAGCUCGACCGUCCCUCCGCCGGAAACACGGAACAGCAAUUAAAAUGACAAGACUGGCUCUUCAGUAUGGCUGUAAGGCCACUGAUCAUGCAUGGAAAAGGCACGGCGGCCUCCUCAAUAUGUUGUGUAAUCUUAUGGAGGCCGUAAGCGAGGACUACCCUCUUUCGAGGUCUCUUCGCAGCCUCACCACACUUGGAUACAGUCUAGAAGAUCGGAAUCGGCAAGGCGAGACUGUCCUCCUUGCCUUUAUCCGUCGUAGCCUAAUGAUGCACAUUACAUUGACGACCAUUCUAGAUCUUGGGGCCAAUACACGAGCUGUCGACCGUUAUGGACGAGGCCCGAUCCAUGUUUGCUUCGAACAGGAGUCUGAGCCAAAGCCCGGCUUGGUUGAUAGGGACCGGCUCUUACGUCGGAGGUUGGUGGAUCUUCUUCGCGCCGGCAGUGAUCCCAAUCUCCUAGAUUCGUACGGUUUGAGCCCUUCGGACCUCGUCGACACUCCAGAGCUAUGGGGUACGUGGGAAAGUUGUUUGCAAGUCGUGGGCAUGAAGAUAAGAGAAGGAGAUGAAGACGAAGAUGCCUGGGUAGUGUACUGGGAUAUGUGUGAGUUGGACUCUGUUGAUCCAUCGGCAUUCUGGUAGCUGCUUUCUCGACCAAUAUAACCUAGGUCGCUCUCCAAUGAUGCUCGACCAACUACCUAAUCACCGAUAAGAAUGCAGUUCUGUAC